AUGGAAGGUGUAGGUAUUGCUGCGAGCAUCGCAGGACUUAUUACGAUCUCAACACAGAUCACCCAAGUCAUAUAUGGCUAUAUUCAAGACGUCCGACGCGCCACUAAAAAUCAGAAAGCAUACCUGUCAGAAGUAUCCGCCCUGAUAGACAUUUUGCUACGCUUCGAAGAGGCACUAAACGGUGCAGGGCAAUAUCUCGGUGCCGAUAUUCCUCGGCCAAGCAACGCCACGGUUCAGCAAUGUUAUGGCCUGCUUGACAACCAACUCAAAAAGCUACAGAAGCACACGAGCAGAUUUAUCUGGCCGCUGGAAGUGAAGGAUCUGCGGAAAGCUGUUGAAGAUGUACACCGAUUUCGAGAAAUUUUCGCCGGAUACGUGGCUGCCAGCACUUCUUCGCUUGCCGCUGCAACUUUGAAUGGUGUUGAGGCACUGCAGACAGGGCAGGGUAGAGAUGCGAUCCUCGAGACACUUCGUCAGGAGACACUAGUCUUUAGAUCGAAACCCGAUGCGUUGUUAGGAACUGGUACGUGGCUCCUGCGGCAUGCAAAAUACCAGGCUUGGAUCCAUUCGAACCCUUCUGUUUUAUGGUGUCACGGAGCACCUGGAGUGGGCAAGUCAUCGCAAGCUUCCGUUGUGAUUGAGAGCCUCUCCGAAAUGCAGGAUCAAGGAGAAAGGUACUACGUACUGCAUCAUUUCUGCAAUUUUGCUAGCCGACAGCAAGAGACUGAGAUGGUAAUUCUUCAAGAUUUGCUGUCUCAGGUUGUGGAGCAGGGCGAUGACAUGAUUGUCUCCUAUCUUUACGCAAAACGGCACUCUAUCUCCUCACGCUCCUCGACGCCGAAGGAAUUAGCGCAUAUCAUGGCUCAAUUGCCCUUGAAUCGGCCUAUAUACGUUGUCUUUGAUGGAUUAGAUGAGGUUGAGAACCCGAAAAUGGUCGCAUCCUGGCUCAUGUUUCUGGUCAAGUCUAAUUUUAGGGUACUGGUCACCAGCCGUGAUCAUCCCGAUAUCCGCACCGCUUUUAAUCAAGCAGCCGCCAUUGAGUUAUUCGCCAAUCAAGAAGACAUCCGAAAGUUUGUGAUAAACCGAUUCCAAGAAAGUGACUUCGCUGAUACGAUCAAUGAAUCUCACAGCCUGGUGGACAAUUUCGUCAACAGCGCUGAUGGCUUGUUCAUCCUAGCAAAGUUAAUCGCAGAUCGAUUACUCACAUGUACAAAUAUCAAACAGAUGCGUCGUGCUCUGGAUCGUUCGCCUAAAACACUGGCUGAUGCCUACAUGUCAAGCUUGGAAAGGAUCAAGGCUCUAGACACCAACCUGAAAACUCUAACACUUCGACUGAUUUCUUGGAUUGUCAAUGCGGAGAGGCCGUUUCAUCCACAAGAGAUUAUACAUGCCCUAGCCCUGGAGCCAGGCGAUGAAGAGGCUGACGAAGAGAGUCUGACACGACUCCCUACUUUACUUCGUACUUGCGCAGGCCUGGUCAUUCUCAAUCCGAAGUUUAAUUCUCUGGAGUUGGUUCACUCAACUGCUUAUGAGUAUUUCACCAACAACGAGGAGACCAUACAGCAAGCCCACACCGAUAUCACCUCAACCUCUCUCAACUACCUCGGCAUGAAAGUCUUCCAAAACGAAUUGUGUUCUACGAUAGACGAGGUAAUCCGCAGACAAGAGACAGCACCUUUUCUCCGGUACGCUGCACGGUUCUGGGGUGUUCAUAUGCUCAAAAGUGGUGCUGAGGAUCGGCUAUACUCGUCCAUAUGCAAGAUACUUAAGAACGAGAGUCUCCGAGCCAAUUCAUUCCUUGCCCUCUUCUAUCAAGUCGAUUUUCAGGAUCGACAAAUCGCCGAAGAGGUCUUCGCAUUGGUGCCGAGCAGACACAGCGAGUUACAUGCUGCGGCAUACUGGGGCUUGACUAACACUACAAAACGGUUAAUUGUUGAUGAUGGAAUGGAUCCAAAUACGGGGAACUCUCAAGGUUGGCGCCCCUUGCAUUGGGCGGCGCACAAUGGUCAUCUUGCGGUCUGUCGAGUCCUGCUCGACAACGGAGCGGAUCCAAAUACCCAAGACGAGCGGGGAUGGACACCAUUAUUCUGGUCUAGCUUCUAUCACGAUGUCGCAGGUACGAAGCUCUUUUUGUCGAGAGGCACUGAUCAUACUACCAAGGAUUGCAAUGGGUGGACCGCUCUCCAUUGGGCGGUUUCCAGAGGUGAGGCAGAGUCUGUGAAGAUACUGUUGCUGCAUCACGCCCAAAAGUACCCUGCUCAAGCACUCUCUAAAGCUCGGAAUCAAAACGGCGAACCACUGGAACUUGUGGCCUCGGAGAAGCUGUUGGAGAUCGCUGCAACUGAGAACGACUUGGAUAUAUUUGGAAUCCUGCUCAAUGCACAUAUGGAUACCGGAACGCCGGAUUUUGAAGCUCUGUGGACCACAGGGCGCUUUGACCCUCCGCUCGGUAACUUGUGGCGGACGAUGAAUAAGGCUGAAAGAAUGAACGGUAUAGAGAGCUAUCUGCGCCCGAGCUGGCAUCUCUUUUCCGAAAAGUCGAUCCCGGAGAACAAACACGAGUGGAGGGGACGUCUAGUUCAUUCAGCAAUUAAAGACGAUCAAAUUUCGGGCCUCAAGUUGUUGCUGGAACUCGGAGCUGACCCGAAUUAUCGACUCCAAAGAUCACCGCUACACGCAGCUGCCUUUCGACAAAAUCCUGAGUACGCUCGCAUACUGCUUCAUUUCGGAGCAGAUGUUACGCUUCAAGAUUGUCGUGGCCAGACGGCACUCCACCAGGCGGCGCUGAACGGAUUUGCGGAGACUUUGGAAGCUUUGGUUGAUGGGGGUGCUGAUGUCAAUAUUCGCAUUGGGGAAAGCAAUGAACGUCGUGAUGAAUACACCAUGUAUGAUUCCACCGGGCAAGUGAGAGCCAAUCAAGGGAAAACACCGCUUAUGCUGGCCUGUGGACUCCGGCACAAGGAUAUAUCAGUGCUGGACUCUCGAGCCAAGAUUGUGGACUGCCUGAUCACAGCAAAUGCAGAUACGAAAUCGUUGGAUCUGCAGAAUCGUUCCGUUUUUCAUUAUGCAAUCGAGAGCGCUGAUUUGGUGAUUAUAAAGAAGUUGCAUCGCUUGGGGCCCGAUAUCAAUCAAACAGAUAUCGAUGGAGUCUCGGCAAUACAUCUUGCCGCAAAAACCUGUGAUAUACAUAGUGUUGAACUACUCCUGGACUCUGGGGCCAACGCGUCCCAAAUCGACAAGUUUGGUAGGAAUUGUUUUCAUUUCUUCGCCAUGGGUUCUGACAAUAAGCACGAUGUCGUGAAUUUGAGACGAUUACUCACAUUGAUCCUGCUCAAAUCUAGUCCAAUGCUUCUCAAUGCUGAGUUUGACCGACGCGAAUCUAGGAAUUUUUGGUCCAGCCUUGAUCGAUUGAAUCAACAUACUCCGUUGUCUCUAGCGAUUGAGAUGAACAACUGGAAGAUAUUCCAAGUCAUGGCAGAUGCCGGAGCUGUGCUUCCCCGCGACUCAAUAAAUCUACUAGACAAUGCUGUUGGUGCGUUAUGUGCCCCUGCCGUGAGUCUCAUUCUCGCCCACCGCCUGGAACCCGAAGAUGAACGAAACACUUCCUUGAGACCAGAGAGAAUGGACAUUGUGCAAUGGCUACGGACGGCCAUGAGCAGUGAGGACUUUGAUCUUGAAUCGUUCGACAGUGUGGCACGCCAAGUCAUCGACACGGAUCAGGACAAGAAAUGUUUCAGAGAAACAAUGCUACACGCAGCUGCUCGUUGUUCGAAUUCAGCAGAACUCGCGGCGGUACUUUUGGAACGCGAUUGUGACCCAUUUGUGAAGGAUGAGUCCGAAUUUGACGUCUUCCUCGCAUGCGCUGUUAGGCAUUCAAAGCCCGUAAUGUUACGGCACUUGCUCCUCAAUGCUUGUGAUACCAUUCCCGAAAGUCACUGGACUCGCCAUUUGAAAGACUUAAACGAUUCACAAGAAGAUAUAUUUUUCAGCGUCUGUGAAGCACUGAGGGCUGCUGGAAAGCUUGACCACCAAUCUCCAGACAUACCUGAACUUCUCAGAACCGCCAUAACAUUCGACAACGAACCUUUCGCAGUUGCACUGAUCAACGCCGGAGCUGACUGCGCGACGACGGAUGGGUAUGGUUGGUCUGCUCUUCACCAUGCGAUCUACCAGCGACGGGCGGGCAUCGUAGACAAACUUAUCGAGCAGCGACAGCCUCUUGUACAUACUGCAGCCAAACAGUGGGCUAAUGACUGGCACCGGCCUACCGGACUUCGGAUUGGUGAUAAGUGGACGGGUGCACCGCUUCAUCUCGCCGUUCUGACCGGCCAGAAAGAUCUAGUGUUGCGACUGCUUAAAUUGGGUGUGGAUGUCAAUGCGAGGACUGACGAAUAUGAGGUCGAUGAUAGUCGCGGUCAUGUUUUCAACUAUCCAUCACACGGGCCAACGGCACUACAUGUCGCUUUGCAUAGUGAUAUCGUUUAUGGUAUUCCUGACGGGGGCCUAAAUGAUGACUAUCUGUCCAUGGCGAGAAUGCUCCUCGAAUAUGGCGCCGAUGUCCAAGGGGUUGGAAAGCAUUUGCGGCUUACCGACCAUCCGAAGUUCAGGUUGUUUGAGGACGUUUGGGAGAAAGUGAAUACCAGUCGCCCUGGGGGAAGAUCAGCCUGA